UCUUAUCAAAUGCAAUGUUAAAGGUUUGUAUUUAUGGUAGUACUCAAUAAAUACAAAUCUUACAUUGGUGGAUUUGGACGACUAGCUACCAUAAUCUUUGCAAAGGUUCAAAAGACAAUGGUGAACAGCUUGAACCCAAUUGGGCCGUAUUGUCAUCUGGGUCCAACCUGAAAAGCCCUGGCCCAUGCAAACGUCCUAAAGCAACGACGGAAGGCUACUCCCAAAUUUGAAACUCGAUGGGGAUUGGAGGAAUGAGAUAACCUUAUCCACCGUAGGAAAAUGGAGAAGCUGCCACAUCAGCCAAAAAUACAGAGGACAACCCCAACUCAGAUCUCCAUUUUCCACCUCUCAUCACAACCCCCACUCAACACCUCACAAAUCUCAUUCCAAUUGCUAAAAUUUUCUCAUACAGAAGAAGCAGUUGGGAGUAAGAGAAGAGAUCACCAACAGACAAGCAACAAUGGCUUCCACUUUGGCUGUUUCAAUGGCCAUGCCCAUGACCAGUGCCACCCAGACGAGGCUGCAGGGGUCUGAAGCCUUCUUCAGGCCAUUGCCUGUGCGGCCUUCAAAGUCUAUGGCUGCAGCAUCAUCCAAAUCCAGUGGGAAGUUUGAGGUCAGGGCUUCCCUGAAGGAGAAGGCGGUCACGGGGUUGACAGCGGCUGCGCUGGCGGCUUCUAUGGUGAUUCCAGAGGUGGCAGAGGCUGCAGAUUCUGGGUUAUCGCCGUCGCUCAAGAACUUCUUGCUCAGCAUUGCUGCCGGUGGUGUUGUGCUCGUCGUCAUUGUUGGUGCUGUGAUUGGUGUUGCCAACUUCGAUCCUGUCAAGAGGAGCUGAGAGAUGAUAUUAUGAUCAUGCUGGGAAUUUUUUAGUUUCUUUUCAUCAUGCACCUGUUUUUCUUCUUCUAAGUAAUAUUCUCUGUAUCAUGCGUGUAAUCCUUGACUCCAUCAGCUGUAAUUUGGCCAGAAAAAUGGUUAUCUCCAAAUCUCAAUUCCCAUUUUGGCUGAA